AUGCCUAUAGGCGACACUAACUAUGGCUUAGGAGAGCCAACAGCAGAAAUGUCUUUCUUAGAAGAUGAGGAUGGGGGCCCCUUUAAUGUAGAGGGGCCCCUCGAUAUUGCUGCAGAAGAAGUAGAUGAUGAAGAGCUGAUGAAGCAGGAUAAAGAAGCAUUUGCUGCUGUACUAGGGACAUACUUCAUGACCCCAGAAGAGAGACAAGUGCACCAGCAGCAGCGGCUAGAGAAACAGAUGCGGCUGGGGCUGCUGCUGCUGCUGCUGUCUGUCGGCAUCAUGGAGAUUAUAUUUCGCGUCUAUUUUGAUAAAGCAGCGCAGCAAAUGCAGCAGCAAUAUCGCAGCGACUUCCCUGGCCGGGCCCCUCUACCCCCUCAAUUUUUAUCUGUUUUGCUGCCUUCACCAGCAGCAACAGGGCUCUUCGUGUUUAUAUUUUUAUCUAUUUAUAUAUCUCUUGCUGGAGCUUUAUUAUCUUUAUAUAAACUAAUCAGCAGCAAACUGGAUGCAAGAGAAACAAAAGCACCAGCAAUCCCUGCUGCUGCUGCUGAUGAUGAUGCUGACGAACAGCAGCAGGAGGAGGAGGAGCAGCAGCAGCAGCAGCAGGGCAUUCAAGGGUCUCCUGCAGCGACGCAGCAGAUAGACGAGGGAUUAGCAGCACAAAUACAAGCAGAAGCUAUCAACCCAGAACAUGAAGAAAGUUAA